AUGAACGGAGGUUCGUCGGAGGGACGGAGGUUCGCCGGAGAAAAGCUCGCCGGAGGCAGGCUUGCCAGCGGGACUAGGACUCGACGUAGGGAGAAACAAAGGAGGAAGGAGGAGGGCUCGGUUGAAGAUGGGUUCGCAUGGCUGGUAAACUCACCGAAUGAGUCGUUAGGUUAUAUUCUCGCAGACAACGGCUACGAUGUGUGGAUCGCUAACGGCAGAGGAACGGUUUACAGCCUCGGACACACUUCUCUCUCUUCAAGCGAUUCGGCUUAUUGGGAUUGGUCAUGGGAUGAACUUGCGGCCUAUGAUCUUCCUGCUACAGUUGACUAUGUUUACCAGCACUCAGGACAGCAGAAAGUCCACUAUGUGGGCCAUUCUCAGGGAACAUUAACUGUCCUUACAUCACUGAGUGAGCAAAAUCUGACAAGCAGUCUGAGAUCUGCAGCCUUGCUCUGUCCCAUUGCAUAUCUGAACCAAAUUCCAUCAAUGUAUAUGCACACUGCUGCCAGAAUCUAUCUUGGAGAACAAAUCUACUGGCUGGGCAUUGCUCAACUGAAUCCAACAGGAUCAGCAACAAAAAUGCUGUUGAAGACUGUCUGUUAUCUUUCAGGGAUGGACUGCUAUGAUUUACUGUCAAUAUUCACAGGGGAUAAUUGCUGCCUUAACGCAUCAUCUGUUCAGCUAUUUUUGGACCAUGCGCUGCAGUCAACUUCAACUAAGAACAUGAUUCACUUAUCUCAGACGAUGAGAAGGGCUACGCUAACAAAAUACGACUACGAUAGCGAAGACGACAACAAGGCGCACUACGGCCAGCCGACGCCACCUGCGUACAAUCUCUCACGCAUUCCCAAUGAUUUUCCGUUGUUUAUGAGCUACGGUAAAGUAGAUGUGCUUGCAGAUGUUAAUGAUGUAGCGCAUCUGUUGGGGCUCAUAAAUGUUCAUAACAGGAACGAUUUGAUGACUCAGUUGCUGGAUGAUUAUGCACAUAUGGAUUUCAUCAUGGCCUCCAAUGCCAGCCAGCUUGUUUAUCAACCUCUCAUGGCUUUCUUCGAUCUCCAUUAA